AUGGAUAUUCUGAAGAAUCAUUCAAAAGUAUGCAUUGGCAAUUAUGGCUCGUUCGAGCGUAAAAUCAAACAUUUUAUGGACGGUAGAUCAGAUAACUUCAUGGUGGUUGCAGAUUUUGAUUAUACUCUCACUACAAGCAGAACUGAAACUGGUGGUCGAGCUGAUAUUACAUAUGAUGUGCUUGCUAAGCCAGCAACGAAUAGAUCACCAAGUUGCGGCCAGCUGUUCAAAACUUUGAAUGAGAAAUACUCUCCCAUCGAAACCAAUCCGACUCUGAAUGUUAAAGAAAAGUCAUUAGCUAUGCUGGAAUGGUGGAGUAAAGCUAACGAUCUUAUCAUUAGCACAGGAUUCAAACAGAACGAAAUAUUGGAUCUUGUAAAACAGUCUACUAUGCGGCUUAGAUCCAACGGCGCUUUAUAUUUCGAUGAGUUAGAGCAGCUGAAGAUUCCGUUGGUAAUCUUCUCCGCAGGUAUUUCUAAUGUUAUUGAAGCGUCAUUGUUGUUUGAAUUAGGCAGAAUUCCGAGCAAUGUUCAAAUUGUGUCGAAUACAAUGUACUUCAACGAAUUGGGUGUUAGUUAUAAAUUCUCGGAACCAGUUAUACAUUCAUUCUCAAAAAAUGGAGGUUUGCUAGAAAAAUGUUUGGAGGGAGUGCAAGAUUUAAACCUGAAGAAUCGAAUUAUUCUUCUGGGUGACUCUUUAGGAGAUUUGUGUAUGUUGGAUGGCUGUUCGUUACUGAAUAAAAAUGAGAACGCGGUACUGAAAAUCGGUUUUUUGAACAAAAAUAUUGAUAUUCUAUUCGAUUCGUUUGCCAAAAAUUUUGAUAUGGUUAUAAUGAGAGACCAAACAGUGGACAUCUUGAGACAUUUGAACUAUAUUUUAUUUGGUGUCGGUAAAUCACUGCUGUGUAAUUAA